UCUCUCUCUCUCUCUCUCUGUUCAUUUCCGCACGAAAAGAAAAAGGGCAGAAACACUCCUCUGUCUCUCCGUCUCAUUCUCUCUCUUUAGUACGUUCCGAAGGUUUCAUCCGUAUCCUGAAAUAUUCUUCGAUUCUCCAUUCUGAUCUGACACAUAAGAGCAGGCAAUUAUUGCAAUCGCUGUUUUCUAGGAAUUUUACUUGUGUUUUUGGUACUGAAUCGACGCAACGAUGUCUCUGAGGCCGGGCGCGAAGACGGAAGUUCGCCGGAGCAGGUACAAGGUGGCGGUGGACGCGGAGGAGGGGCGACGGCGAAGAGAGGACAAUAUGGUGGAGAUCCGGAAGAAUAAAAGGGAGGAGAAUUUGCUCAAGAAGCGCCGCGAGGGGCUUCAAGCUCAGCAGUUUCAGCCUACUGCUAGCGCGGGGCAGCACGAUAAGAAGUUAGAGAGUCUUCCCGCUAUGGUUGCUGGUGUUUGGUCGAACGAUGCUGCACUGCAACUUGAGGCCACAACUCAGUUCCGGAAACUUCUAUCAAUAGAACGCAAUCCACCAAUAGAGGAAGUGAUUCAUUCUGGAGUUGUGCCUCGCUUUGUUGACUUUCUUGCUAUAAAUGAUUACCCACAACUCCAGUUUGAGGCAGCUUGGGCUCUCACGAAUAUUGCUUCUGGUACAUCUGAAAACACCAGAGUGGUGAUUGAUCAUGGUGCUGUUCCGAUAUUUGUGAAACUUCUUGGCUCUUCAAGUGAUGAUGUCCGUGAACAGGCUGUCUGGGCAUUGGGAAAUGUUGCUGGUGACUCACCGAAAUGUCGUGAUCUUGUCCUUGGCUAUGGGGCUUUAAUGCCAUUAUUGGGACAAUUUAAUGAUCAGGCUAAGCUGUCUAUGCUGAGAAAUGCAACGUGGACGCUGUCAAACUUCUGUCGGGGAAAGCCACAACCUCACUUUGAGCAGGUGAAGCAAGCCCUGCCUGUCCUUGCUCGGCUAAUUCAUACACAUGAUGAAGAAGUCCUUACAGAUGCAUGUUGGGCACUGUCAUAUCUAUCUGAUGGCAUUAGUGAUAAGAUUCAAGCUGUGAUUGAGUCUGGUGUAUGCCCUCGUCUUGUUGAGCUUUUACUUCACAACUCUCCAUCUGUUUUGAUUCCUGCCCUCAGAACUGUCGGUAAUAUUGUGACUGGUGAUGACAUUCAGACUCAGGUUAUCAUUGAUAACAUGGCUCUUCCCUGCCUGCUCAAUUUGUUGACUCAAAAUUACAAGAAGAGUAUAAAAAAGGAAGCAUGUUGGACCACCUCAAAUAUCACUGCAGGAAACAGGGAUCAGAUCCAGGCUGUUAUUGAUGCUGGUAUUAUAGCUCCUCUUGUUAUGUUACUUCAAAAUGCAGAGUUUGAUAUAAAGAAAGAGGCUGCCUGGGCUAUUUCCAACGCCACUUCUGGUGGAACUCAUGAACAGAUCAAAUUCAUGGUGCGCGAGGGAUGUAUAAAGCCUCUGUGUGACCUUCUACUUUGUCCUGACCCAAGAAUAGUAAUAGUGUGCUUGGAAGGCCUUGAAAAUAUUCUGAAAGUAGGGGAAGCUGAGAAGAAUCAGGGCCACACUGGAGAUGUAAAUAUCUAUGCCCAGAUGAUUGAUGAUGCUGAAGGCCUGGAGAAGAUUGAAAAUCUUCAAAGUCAUGACAACAAUGAAAUCUAUGAAAAGGCAGUGAAGAUCCUGGAAACAUAUUGGUUGGAAGAAGAAGAUGAGCAGCUGUCUGGUGAGGCUCAACAAUCUGGGUUCAAUUUUGGCGGCGGCAACCUUCCAGUUCCAUCCGGUGGAUUCAAAUUCAGUUAAGCAAUGCAGUGAUAUGAUUGAACUUAUAUCAUGGGAAUACAAGUCCUUCAACAAGUGUGGCUGGUUAAAUUGUCGUCCGGUGUCAUGAGGCCAAUCAGUCCACAUUGCUACCUCAUAAGGUGCAAAAUCCUGCUGUGGAUGAAGAAAUUAAAAUUGGCUCCUAUCCUGUGAUCGGUCCUCAAGAGUCUGCUGAAAAUAAAAAAGGUCAGUCUUGUGUUGUCAUCAGCCAACAUUCGCAUGUGUUUUGAUGAAAUCAAACUGCGAGAAAUGUAGAGACCUAUUCUUGUUUUGGGUCUUUGUGAUGUGAGCUUUUUCUUCCAUUGUGUUGGAAAGGAUACAUAAAAUAUCUACCUACAACCAUGGAAAGUUAUUUCCCAUGGCUCUGUAGGAAACAAAGUGAAAACAGGUCUUAUAUUACUUGAGAUUAUACCAUUAUGUUUGCUGAAGAAUCCUGGUGGUUGUCGUCGUCGUCGGUGUUCAAACACCCCUAUAAGUUGUUUUAGCAGAAACAUAAGCACACUUGCCUUGGAUGUCUAAUGAAAUUAUCAACUGCAAAGGUUGUGUUUUUCCCAUGA